CAGCUUACAACCCCUGCUUUGAAUGGACCACAAAGGUGACAAAGAAGUGCAUGAUCGGCCGCUUUCCGAGCGCGACAAGCGUAUCCUCACCACCUACGGAAGGUUGCCUUGUGGAGGCAGUCUUGGCCAGCAGGCAAAGAAACGGACUUACUUCGAUUCUGGGGACUAUGCCCUCUCCGCAGCUCACCGAGUGACCGACAACGGCGAUAUCCAAACCGGCACGGCUCACCCGGUCCGUGAGAGCAUUUCGCACCCCUUCGCACCGGUACCAAGCACUGGCAAUGCUUCUAAGGAGGCUAAUAAUGGUAUUUGUGAGGACAAGAGUGCAAUCACUCAAGUUCCAAGGAGUCCUCUUUCCAGGAACCCGAGCUUCAGUGAUCAGGAUCUAUAGGCCCCGAGGGCAGAAAAGCCCGAAUGUGUAGGAUACCGCGUGAUGGUUGUUGGAAACUACCCCAUGAUGAAGGACCGGGUUGAUGAGCUUUAUUGCAUACUAUAUUGGGGAACACACUGGUUCCUCUUGACGCGUUUUGAUAUCUGGUCAAUUUCUCCCCAGAAUAUUUGGUAUGUUGCAUUGAUAGAGGUUGCCUUUGGUUGGUUUAUAUCCUUUUUCCAGAUUGAACUGUCCUUAGAUAUGUACGUAUCUCGAAUUAAUUCAGCG